CAACUCAACGCCGUCAUCGCUGCCUCCAUGUCCCUCAAGGCCUCCAGCAAACUGCGCCACAUCCUGGAGAUCGUCCUGGCCUUUGGGAACUACAUGAACAGCAGCAAGCGAGGAGCAGCCUACGGCUUCCGACUGCCGAGCCUCGACGCCCUCCUGGAGAUGAAGUCGACCGACCGCAAGCAAACACUGCUGCACUACCUGGUGAGGGUGAUCACGGAGAAGUACCCGGAGCUCGUUGGCUUCCACACCGAGCUGCACUUCCUCGACAAGGCAGGCACAGUGUCCCUGGACGGAGUGCUGCAGGACGUGCGGAGCCUCCAGCAGGGCAUGGAGCUGACCCGCAGGGAGUUCCUGCGGCAGGACGACAGCCCCGUGCUCAAGGACUUCCUCAAGGUCAACUCGGACGUGAUGGAGAAGCUGCAGGCUGACAGCAAAACUGCCAAGGAGGCAUACGAGUCAGCUGUGGAGUAUUUUGGGGAGAACCCCAAGACCAGUCCCCCCACCACCUUCUUCCCCAUGUUCAUGCGCUUCAUCAGAGCCUACAAGAAAGCAGAGCAGGACAUUGAGCUGUGGAAGAAGCAAGAGGCAGCGUCCAAAGAGGCAGAAUCCAACUCCCCCAGCAGCGAGCAGCAGCCUGAGCUGCCUGUGCAGAAGGCCAAGCGGCAGCAGAUGGACAUGAUUGCUGAGCUGAAGAAGAAGCAGAUGGUGAAGGAGCCACUCAUCUACGAAGGCAAAGACGGGGCCAUUGAGGAUAUAAUUUCAGCUCUGAGAACUGUCCCUUUCACGGCCCGGACGGGCAAGCGCUCGUCCCGGCUCUUCUGCGACGUGAGCUACAAUGAGGAGAGUCCUCU